GCCAGGAGCAGGGCUCGGACAGAUCAGCCCUCGUCCUGGCUGGAAUCAGCCGGCCACCGCUGCUGGGAGGGCGGCCUCGGAUAUGCGGAGGGCGGCCCGGGGGCGCGGGGUCCCGGGACCCCGUGCGGGGCUCCGGCGACCUCGGUUUGGGAACCACAAGAAGGUGCUGGUCUGAGCCUGGCAUCUGGGUAUAGAUUUCCUGACGACCCCCCGAAACCCCCCAGGGCCUCCAGCCAUGGAUCUGGAGGAGCCCAGGGACACUCGCACCCCUUCUCCGCACCUUGUCCCUGCCCACCAGUGGGACCCUGUGUCAGGAGGCCCCAGCAGCCCGAGUCAGAUGGAACAGGACGGGCCAAGUAUCCAGGAUCUGGUGCAAGAGUUCGACACUCUGCCGGGCAAUCUGGUGGGCCCGUCCCCAGACGGACCCCCCUGCCCCUUGCACAUUGCCACGGGCCACGGCCUGGCUGCCCAGGACAUCGCCGAUGCCCAUGGGCUCUUAUCCGCCGAGGCUGGACGGGAUGAUCUGCUUAGUCUUUUGCACAGCAAGAGCUGCCUGUCAUCACAGCCGUGUCCCGAGGAGUCUCCGGAGCCUGCUCCCCGCCUGUUGCAGCCCCCCGAGGACCCAGACGGGGAUACGGACCCCCCAGAAUGGGCAGAGGGUGCCUCCGCCGAGCAGGGCGGCAGCAGGAGCUCCAGCAGCUCCCCCGAGCCCUGGCUGGAGACGGUGCCCCUGAUUGGGCCUGGAGAGCCCCCUGCCAGUGCCCAGAACCCCAAGACCCUGGCUUCAUACCCUGCCCUCCAGGAGGCGCCCGGGCCUUGUGAUCACGAAGACCUCCUCGAUGGUAUCAUUUUCGGGGCCAAGUACUUGGGCUCUACCCAGCUGGUAUCAGAACGGAACCCAGCCCCCAGCACACGCAUGGCGCAGGCCCGGGAGGCGAUGGACCGCGUUAAGGCACCCGACGGGGAGACCCAACCCAUGACCGACGUGGACCUCUUCAUAUCCACCAAGAGGAUCAAGGUGCUGACAGCGGACAACCAGGAGGCCAUGAUGGACCACGCCCUCCAGACCAUCUCCUACAUCGCAGACAUUGGCUGCGUGCUGGUUCUGAUGGCCCGGGGACCCCCGGCGCGGAGGCCUGCGGCCAGGGACAGGGCACGCCGGCUGUACAAGAUGAUCUGCCACGUGUUCUACGCGGACGACGCCCAGCUCAUCGCCCAGGCCAUCGGUCAGGCCUUUGCCGCAGCCUACAGCCAGUUCCUGCAGGACAGCGGCAUUGACCCCAGCCAGGUGGCCGCUCGGCAGAACCAGGAGACCCCCGGCCACCUCCACAAUGGCGACCUGGACCACUUCUCCAACAGCGAGAACUGCAGGGACGUAUGCAUCGAGAAGCGCCGUGGUGAGGGCCUGGGUGUGGCCCUGGUGGAGUCGGGCUGGGGCUCCCUGCUGCCCACGGCCGUCAUCGCCAACCUGCUGCACGGCGGCCCGGCCGAGCGCUCGGGGACCCUGAGCAUCGGGGACCGCCUCACCGCCGUCAAUGGCGCCAGCCUGGUGGGGCUGCCACUGGCCGCCUGCCAGGCCGCCGUCCGCGAAGUGAAGUCUCAGACGUCAGUGACCCUUAGCAUCGUCCACUGCCCGCCGGUGACCACAGCCAUCAUCCGCCGGCCCCAUGCCCACGAGCAGCUGGGCUUCUGCGUGGAGGACGGUGUGAUCUGCAGCCUGCUCCGUGGCGGCAUUGCCGAGCGUGGGGGCGUCCGCGUGGGACACCGCAUCAUCGAGAUCAACGGGCAGAGCGUGGUAGCCAUGCCCCAUGCCCGCAUCAUCGAGCUGCUCACCGAGGCCCACAGUGAGGUCCACAUCAAGACGAUGCCGGCCGCCACGUACCGCCUGCUCACGGGCCAGGAGCAGCCCGUGUACCUGUGAUCGGCCACCGUGGCCCUCGCCGCCCGCCGCUGUGCCUUGGUCCCCACCGGCCCCUCCUCGGCCGGCCAGGGGCCCCCAAGCGUCCUCAGCCCCUUGUUAUUUUCUAAUGUACAAAAUUAAAAAAUUUUAUCGACUGGG